GGGGGGACUUCCCUUAGGGAAGCAGGUGGGUGAGGAGUGAGUGUUCUCUAGGCUGGCUGGGAUUGGGAAUGUUCUCCUGUACCAACUGACCUUCAUCCCAACUGCAGCUCCAAGUGCUCCUGGCACAGCAAAGCCUGUGACCAUCCUUGGAUUCUCUGCCUUAGCACUCCCAGGAAAUUGUGGAUGACGGAGCCAUGGGGGUGUCAGAGGCCAGUGAGGUGAAGAGCAGCAGCAGGAAGCGAAAGAAUGAGUUGGAAAGGGAGCAGGACAAGCCAAAGGUGUUCCCGGUGCAGAAGGAGCUGGAAUGCACAGUGAAGCCUUCCGUGGUAAAAGGGAAGAAGAAGAAGAAACCAUCAAAAGCCAAGGAAAAGCCGCUGCAGGAGAACAUCAUCACCAGAAGCUCCCUGAAGCAGGAGGCUGCAGAUGGGAAAGGCCUUGGCUCGAGCCUCUGGAAUGGGAUCCAAGCCGAGGAGGGAGCUGCACCGGGGUCGGAGGAAACCAAAGCAACCUCCUCUGAAGGGCCAGCAGUGGGGCUGGAAGGCUCUUCCAGGUCCCAGGACAAAUCCCAGAGAACAGGACCUGCAGUGGGAGAGGAACUCUUGGACACCCAGAGUGGAAUUGGGGUCCCAAGUGAAAGUAUUGCUGGUGGGAUUGCAUCCCCCUCUGGAGAUCCUUUGGAGUGGGAUGUGGAGCUCACAGCUGUCAGGGAGAGUGAGGAGAAGGAGCUGGAUCCCCCUCUCCCACAGCAGGAAGAGGAUUCCCAAGCCCCAGAAAGAAAAAGGGGGAAGAAACAGGAGGAAAAUAAGCAGGAAAAGGGAUUGGAGAGAAAAAGAGGGAAAAAACAUGAGGAAAACAAGCAGGAAAAAAAGAGAAAAGGAGGGAAGAAACAGGAGGAAAAUAAGCAAGAAAUGAGACUGAAGAGAAAGAGAGGGAGGAAGGAUAAAUUUGAGGAUUUGAUGAAUGGAAUUGAGGAAGAAGAGGGAGAUGAAGGCAGGAAUUGGGAAGGGGGACAGGGAAGAGCCAAAAGACAGAGAAGCAACAGCAGCCAGGGAUGGGAUGAUGGGAAAAAAAAGCGGGAGAAGGGGAAAGCAAAGAAGCACAGCAGGGGGAAAGUGAAGGGGGUGGAAAAGGAGGAGGAAAAGGAGGGAAAGGGAAGUGGAGAUGGAAAAGGAGUAAAGGAGGAGGAAGAGGUGGAUAAGAAAGGGGAGGAAGGAUUGGGAGAGACUAGGAGUGCAGGGAUGGGGCAGCAGGUGAAGGAGGACAAGGAUGAAGGAAAGGGAGAUAUUCUAGGGAAAGAGAAAAAGAGGAAAAAGAAGAAAAAGCCUGAGGGGGAAACAAAAGAGAUGGAGAAAAAGAUUGAAGAGGAAGAAACCCCAGGGAAGACUGGGAAAAGGAAAUCUAAGGAAGGAGAAGAAAAGAAAGAGGAAGAAAAGAACAAAAGAAAGACUAAGAAACAGAAGGAAGAAAAAGAGGCAGAAAACAAAUGGAAAUGGUGGGAAGAGGAGAAGAAGGAAGAUGGAGUCAAGUGGAUGCAGCUGGAGCACCGAGGGCCCUACUUUGUGCCCCCCUACGAGCCCCUGCCCAAGGAUGUGCAGUUUUAUUACGACGGAAAACCAUUGAAGCUGAGCCUGGCCACGGAGGAAAUUGCCACAUUUUAUGCCAAAAUGUUGGAUCAUGAGUAUACCACCAAGGAAACCUUCCAGAACAACUUCUUCCAUGACUGGAGGAAGGAAAUGACCUCAGAGGAGCAAGAGAUAAUCAAGGACCUGGACAAAUGUGACUUCGGGGAGAUCCACAAAUAUUUUGUGGACAAAAAUGAGGCCCGGAAAGCGCUUCCCAAGGAGGAGAAGCAGAAGCUGAAGGAGGAGGCGGAUAAGAUCCAGGAGGAAUAUGGAUACUGCAUCCUGGAUGGGCACCGGGAGAAGAUUGGCAACUUCAAAACUGAACCUCCAGGGCUCUUCCGUGGCCGUGGGGAGCACCCCAAAAUGGGGAUGCUGAAGAAGAGGAUCAUGCCAGAAGAUGUCAUCAUCAACUGCAGCAAGGAUUCCAAGAUUCCCGAGCCCCCAGAAGGUCACAAGUGGAAGGAGGUGCGCUUUGACAACACGGUCACCUGGCUGGCCUCGUGGACAGAGAACAUCCAGAACACCUUGAAGUACAUCAUGCUGAAUCCCAGCUCCAAGCUGAAGGGGGAGAAGGAUUGGCAGAAAUAUGAGGUAGCUCGGCGCCUAAAGGAUGUUGUCCACACAAUCCGGGCUCAGUACAGGAAGGACUGGAAAUCCAAGGAGAUAAAGAAGCGGCAAAGAGCAGUGGCCCUCUACUUCAUUGAUAAGCUGGCCCUGCGAGCUGGGAAUGAGAAGGAGGAAGGGGAGACUGCGGACACGGUCGGCUGCUGCUCCCUGCGCGUGGAGCACAUCCAGCUGCACCCCCAGCUGGAUGGGCAGGAGCACGUGGUGGAAUUCGACUUCCUCGGGAAAGACUCCAUCCGUUACUACAACAAAGUGUCCGUGGAGAAGCCAGUGUUCAAGAACCUGCAGCUGUUCAUGAAGAACAAGGACCCCAGCGAUGACCUCUUUGACCACCUCAAUACGACCUUCCUGAACAAACACCUCCAGGACCUCAUGGAUGGUUUGACAGCCAAAGUCUUCAGGACCUACAAUGCUUCCAUCACCCUGCAAGAGCAGCUCAAGGCCCUCACCAACCCUGAAGACAACGUUGCAGGAAAGCUCCUGUCCUACAACCGAGCCAACAGGGCCGUGGCCAUCCUCUGCAACCAUCAGAGGUCUAUUCCAAAAACCUUUGCCAGGUCCAUGCAAGUCCUCCAGGAAAAGAUUGACGCCAAGAAGAAACAAGUGGAGGAAGCCCAGGAAGAAGUGAAAAAAGCUGAAGAUGAGUUUAAGGACACAAAAGAUGCCAAAGCAGAAGGCAACAUGGAGAAGAAGAAGAAGCUGUUGAAGAGGUUGGAGGAGCAGUUGGCCAGGAUGAACAUCCAGGCCAUGGACAAGGAGGAGAACAAGCAAAUAGCCCUGGGCACAUCCAAGCUGAAUUACCUGGAUCCCAGGAUUACUGUGGCUUGGUGCAAGAAAUUCGGGAUUCCCAUCGAGAGGAUCUACAACAAGACCCAGAGGGAGAAGUUUGCCUGGGCCAUCGACAUGACUGGAGAGGACUUCGAAUUCUGAGCCGGUGCCCUCCAUGUGAAAUCCCAAAUCCUGCUCAUUUGGUGCUGUUGGGAAGCAUUUUUUUUUUAAUUCGCUGCUGCUGGCGGUUGAGGGUUGUCUGAGUUUGGUGCCUUUUUUUUUUGUAUGGAAAAGCAAGCACCUGGAUUUCCAGUUGAAGCAGGUGUUGCUGAUUGGGAUUUCCGACUUCGGGAACUCUUAAUUCCUCUUCAGAGUUGCCAAGUACUUGGGAUCUUUUCUUCCUCUGGAGUCCUGGAAGGAGAUUAAAAAAGAGCCUUAAUUGUGCUGAUCAACAAAAUCAGGUCUCAUGCUGUCUCCUUGGUGUAGUGGAGCUGUGCUGCCCUUUCCAGACUGAGUGGGAUGGAUGGGGAAACAUGGGGUGAUGACAGCAGGGAAACAGGAACUGCAAUAUUUAACCCAGAUUUGGGUUAGGGAUGCACUGGGGGCAAAGCAAAAAAUCUCAAGGUUUUACAUUUCACAGAAUUCACAGAAUUUCUCUUUGUGCUCUUCCACCUCCAGGAGGGGAGAAAGUUGUGCAAUUGCAGGGAUAUUAAAUGGAAAAACCAUGGGAGGCAAUUUAUGUCAUGUCAGGAGAAGGUAGAAGGGAAGACGUUGGAUUUAAAAGCAGUUUCACAUUGCAGGGGGUUAAAAUUCACCUUGGCCAUUGACAAAGUGCAUUUUAAGCACCCCCAUGUGGUUAAAGUUUUGUCUGGGAGAACACAUCUCACUUGAGGCUGUGUUUAUUUCUUUAUUUUCUUCACUUGGCUCUGGUUCAGCUCCUGUAUCCAGAGCAGGAUUGCUCUGUCCAAACAGAGGUUUAGGAAAUGGGAAAUUUCCUAGGAAAUAGGGUAAUGCUGGGCCAGGCUCUGGGGGAUGAGUGGUGGGGAGUGGGACCAAUAUUCCUGGAGUUGUUCUUGUGUUGGGAUGACUCCUUUGGCAUCAUCCUUCCCACUCCAGCUGGGAAUGGAGCAGGCAGGGAUCAACAGCAUAAACUGGUUGUGUUUGCUGCUUAAUGGGCUGCUUUCCACAUCCCCAAAAAAGGCAGUAUCAGCACAUUCCUGGCAGAAUUCCCAC